GUUGCUGUAGCCGCCGCCGUCGCUCUUCGCUUUUCGAUUUUCGGAGACGAACAAAACGAGAAAUCGGGAAAAACAUCAAUUUACGCGUGCCCCUCUGUCAUAUUUUUCGGUUCCGAGAAUCAUUCUUCGUACCAGAAUUAAUCAGUGCCAUACGCAAAUAGUUAAAGCCAUUAAUUGUCUUCCUUUUGCCCUGAGUCUGGUCUUACGCCUAGGACACGUCUGACUGCCGCCUGCCAGCUUCUCAGGAUGCCAGAUUGUGAGUGGAGUGGUAUUGUCCUAAGUCGAAAUUGAUGAGCCCCGGUAAGGGGCUUUAUGAAAACAUUAUUCGAUUGAAAAAACAUAAACAGGAGUCGAAAUUCGAAAAUAAUAGUGCCAACACACGCGGGAACACAAAGGUAUACGGAAAUACACUAAAUACACAGAAGUACAGAAAAGUUCACAGAAGUACACAGAAGGACACACAACAGCCCACACUGACACUCGCAUGACAUUCAAAAUGCUGCCCAAUAGCAGCUUCGGUCUCCUGGCAACCGAUCUGCAACUGUUCCACAAUGAGAAAUUCUUUUUGAAUCUGACCCAAGUGCUGAAUAUCUCGGCGGACAACCUGACCAGCCUGCUGCAGGGACUGGAGCCGGAGGAGCUGGUGACCCCGAUGACCCCGCUCUCCCUGCUGGCCACCCUCAGCGUGGGCUACGCCCUCAUCUUCAUCGCCGGCGUGCUGGGCAACCUCAUCACCUGCAUCGUCAUUUCGCGGAACAACUUCAUGCACACGGCCACCAACUUUUACCUGUUCAACCUGGCCAUUUCCGAUAUGAUCCUGCUCUGCUCAGGCAUGCCCCAAGACCUGUACAACCUCUGGCACCCGGACAAUUAUCCUUUCAGCGAUAGCAUCUGCGUACUGGAAAGCGUUCUCUCGGAAACGGCGGCCAAUGCGACCGUCCUGACAAUAACCGCUUUCACUGUCGAGCGAUACAUUGCUAUUUGCCAUCCGUUCAGGCAGCACACGAUGUCCAAGUUGUCACGGGCCGUAAAGUUCAUAUUCGCCAUCUGGAUAGCCGCCCUUUUGCUGGCCCUGCCGCAAGCCAUUCAGUUUUCCGUGGUGAUGCAGGGCAUGGGAACAUCGUGCACGAUGAAAAACGACUUCUUCGCCCAUGUGUUUGCCGUAUCGGGCUUCCUCUUCUUUGGCGGACCCAUGACGGCCAUCUGCGUGCUCUACGUCCUCAUCGGGGUGAAGUUGAAGCGGAGCAGGUUGCUCCAGGCGCUGCCCAGGCGAUGUUACGACGUGAACCGCGGCAUCAGCGCCCAGACUCGAGUCAUCCGGAUGCUGGUGGCCGUGGCGGUGGCGUUCUUCAUCUGCUGGGCUCCGUUCCACGCCCAGCGCCUCAUGGCGGUCUACGGGUCCUCCUCGGGCAUCCAGUCCCAGUGGUUCAACGACGUGUUCUGCAUCCUCGACUACACGUCCGGCGUGCUCUACUUCCUCUCCACCUGCAUCAACCCGCUGCUCUACAACAUCAUGAGUCACAAGUUCCGUGAGGCAUUUAAGGUUACCUUGGCUAGGCACUUUGGACUGGGUGGCAAAAACCAAGGAAGAGGGCUGCCCCAUACCUACAGCGCCCUACGGCGCAAUCAGACGGGUUCGUUGCGAGUUCACACAACGGAUAGCGUGCGAACCACAAUGACUUCCACCGCGACGACCACCACGGGGCUGAAUGGCAGUGCCAAUGGCAAUGGGGCAGCAACAAGUCAGGCGGCGCGCCUGAACCGAGUGUCCUUGGACAGUGCCCAACUGCAGGGUCAGAAUCGCAGCAGGCAGGACCUCUUCGACAACCCGCGUCGCACUCUCCAGACGCAGAUAUCGCAACUGUCGUCGGUGGGCGAUGCCCAUUCCCUGCUGGAGGAGGACUUGCAGUAUCCCGAGGAGCCACUGCAGCGGCAGCCCACAAUGUGCUCCAUUGACGAGCUCACCGAUGACUUGGCCAUCUCGCGGUCACGCCUCAAGCUCACGCGCAUCACCCGCCCUCCGGGGCCGGGGGGCGUGGCUGGGGGCGGGACGGGGGGCGUGAGCGGUGACGAGUCAAGUGGCAAAGUGCGCAAGGCGAAAGUGAAAGCGCUGAAGAGCUCAAGCGCCCUCAAGGGUCUCAGGGCCAAAUUCAAUUGGCGUGCCAGACGCAAAGGCAACAGCCACAAACCGCAGGAAAAGGGGGCGGCGGGGGCUGGCGAAGACUCCGGCGAGCGGACCGCCUUUUAAAGGGGGGUCCAUCCCCUCCCCCCGGAGUCCAUUCCAGUGCCACCUACAGACACACACACACAACUGUGAUACGAGCAGCAAGCGCCUCUCCAGCUUGUUUGUGUUUAACCCUAGACAAAUA